AUGCGUAUCCUCGUGAGGCGCCCGCCAGCGCUCGUCCUGCUGGUGAUCCUGGCGGCCUUCGUCGAUCCAGGUCUGCCAGAGGGCAUCAAGCUGCCAGAUCAGGCGACGAACGCUGGGUCAGACCAGCCCGCUGUGCCACCGGUCGCUGGUGAAGAACGUCGUCAGGGCAAGGACCUGUUCGAUUACGUCGGUCUGGGAACAGGCCCAAACGUGGACCCGUACCUGGCACGCACAAAUUCCCAGUGUCUACGAGGCGAACUGGCCGAGUGCUUCAAAUCACAGGCGCUUAACACCUUCGGCGAGUUCUUCGAUCGGGAGCAGUACCGGUUGACGGAGGACGCGCGCAUCGUACGUCUGCCAGACGCGCAGCUACGUUCACUGGCCCAAGAGGGCUACGAGUACGUCGGUGAGUCUCGCCAUAGUGACUCCGAGUGGGAACUAUUGUACAAGUUCGCUCUACGACGGCUCGAGAAGUUUGUCAAGUCGGCCGCCCUUGAAUUCGCGAUCCCAGACGAACACACCGAACAGGGUCGCUACUCAGCACGCUUCAUCGACGAGAUCUCGGACGAGAUCGACGUGAUCGAGGACAAGAAAGCACCACUGUUCACGCGCCACCGACUAAAGAAGAUCUUCAUCCCGCUGCUGCUGAUCCUGAAGGUGUUUAAGCUGAAGCUAUUGCUAUUUCUGCCACUCGUGCUCGGGUUGGCGAGCUUUAAGAAGCUGCUCGGUUUUCUCGCGAUCGUCGUACCGGGUGUUAUUGGUUACCUGAAGCUGUUCAAGCCACACCAGAGCUGCUGCACGAACGAUCUGUUCUCGGGUGGUCAGUAUCAGCCGCAGUAUUCACCGCAGGGUGUCGGUUCGAUUGGAUUCAGCCCGUACAAGGAGUACGCUAGUCCGCAGCAAUACCCCGGGUAUGGUUCGGGGCAAUACAGCCAAUACUACCGCGAGUCGGGAGUUCGUGGUGGCGUCAAGUUCGGGGACGAUCUCGCCUACCAGGGCUACUCGGAGUACCGGUCAGGCACCGGGAAGGACGUCAAGGCGGAGUCCUAG